AUGUCGAAUCCUUACGGAUAUGCUGCUGAUAGUUAUCAGGCACAACAAGCACAUCUUCACCACCCACAGCCACAACAACCAAUUCCUAUACAAACAAAUCAGCCUCAGUCAUAUAUUCUGCAACCGCAACAUGGACACCAGUAUCAACCUCAAGGACAAGGACAAGGACAUGGACAGGGACAUGGACAAGGACAGGGACAGGGACAAGGACAAGGUUUACUGCAACAACACAACCAGGGGCAAAAGGGUCAAUUUAGCUUUUUAAAUGAUCCAGCAGCGGCUUUGGCCUCACAAUUUGCAAGGACCGGGUUUGACCAAUCAAAUCAAUACAUCCAAGACAAUUUCAAUUUCGGAUCCUUUUCAGGUGAUAUCAAGUACUAUUUCCAAGUGAGCAACUCGUAUGUCUUGCGCAAGAUCUUGCUCAUAUUGUUUCCCUACAGGCACAAGGACUGGAAUAGGAUCAGCACAAAGGAAACAGGCAUUAACCAGUUUCUUCCCCCAUCGCAUGAUGUCAAUGCACCAGACUUGUACAUCCCAGUAAUGUCCUUUGUCACGUAUAUCUUGCUCUGGGCAGUAUUCCAAGGCUUGAAAGGAGACUUUCACCCACAAGUUUUUGGCUAUUUGGCCUCACAAACAUUGGCCUUUUUCAUCUUGGACAUUGUUGUAUUCAAGACUGGAUUAUACUUGCUCAAUUGCUCACAAAGCAAGAUAUAUGACAUUAUCAGUUUUGCUGGAUACAAGUACAUUGUGAUCAUUAUGCUCUUGUGCUUGAAGCAAUCGAUGGGCGCAUAUUUGGGCUAUUUGUAUUACUUUGUUGUCCUAUUAUUAAUUGCAAAUUUGUCGAUAUUCUUGAUGAGGUCAUUGAGGUUUAUCAUAUUGCCUCAAUACCUGAAUGGCGCCGCAGGUGUUGGCAACUCAGUGACUAGCAAACAGAGGAAGAUCAGAAUACAGUUUUUGUUCAUAUACUCUGUUGUAGUUCAGGGCAUCAUCAUUUUAUACAUGAGCAAGUAG